CUGCACACGUCGACCCAACUCUCCGGCUCAUGAAUUCGCUUUUCUAGGGUCAACAUCAGACCACAUCCAACAAAUCCAACGAGGAGGAGGGCUGUGACCCAGAGAUGCGCUCGAGUGCCGCAUACUGUCAACAACGAGGGUUCAAAUGACAGGUUCUCACACUGCCUCGCCCGACAGUGGGCGGAGAGGCCGCAAACGAGCACGGAUCGCAUGUCGUGAAUGCCGACAAGCCAAAAUACGCUGCGGUCUAGAAAGCGUCCCAUGUCCAAGAUGUCGGAGGAUGGGACUCGACUGUACUGUCGAUCCGUCUUACCAACGGGCCAAUCGCCACGACAAAGUGCGAGAAUUGCAGCGACAGCUGGCACUGUUGCAGAAUUCCGUCGGAUCUCAACAGUACGAUACGCCACCGGCGCCCACCACCUCGGUUCCCCUAAGGAGCCAGCAGACUCGACGCUCACUGGAGCAUGAACCCGGUGGUCAAGUCACUAUUGCGCCGGUUGGCAUUGUGUCUGCGGUGGCGGCGGCGGCGGAAGACCCGACGACAAUUCCCAUUCUGGAGGGCCGGCAAGGUUGUUCCGCCGAUGACGGGCCCGUCAUACAUGAGAUUGCUGGGGACGACCAUGCAAUCCCGUCAAUAACUGCAGCAGAAACGCCUGAUCGUGAAUGCAGCAAUGGCACGAAGGCCUUCGACUGUGUCCUUGGGGCGAUAAGACUAAGGCACACACAGGCCAAAGCCAUGUUUGCGACAUAUUUUGAGAAGUACCACCCAUUCUUCCCGAUCCUUGACCCGCAACGUACGAACGAGUUAUGCUACGAGACCUCGCCUCUCCUGUUUUGGUCGGUCAUUGCUGUUGCGGCAAGGCAGCUCCAACUCGAAGACCACUUUCUGAAGCAGCUUGGGAGCGAGCUCAGCCGCACAUUCUGGGCCACUGUUGCCUCGAACACGUCUUCGACGCAGCACGUCCAGGCAAUGCUGUUACUUGCAUCCUGGCCGCUUCCCGAUGUCCGGUUGUGGACCGACAAGUCCCUGACGUUCAGUAAGAUGGCCAUGAAUUCGGCCAUGAUGAUGGGCAUGCAUCGACCGGGAUGCGAGCAUGAGUAUUCAAAGGACUCGGCCCAGCCCGGCAACCGGUGGGAUGUCCUAGAAAGAAGUCGCACAUGGAUCGCUUCGGCGGCUCUGUGUCAGAGUCUGUCUCUAGACCUUGGGCAUGGCUCGAUCUCACACUUUGACGACUGGAGCAUUCGCAGUGCCUGCUGCAUGGGCUCUUCUUUCUCGGCAGAUAUGCCACUCCAGAUCUGUCAUAGUCUGAUGAUACAACGGUGCAGUCACGACGGAUUGAGGUCCCUUGCACAAGCCGCUGAUGGACCCUACGGCAUACCAGCAGGCCCCAACCCUUUCGACCUGAUAGCUGACUGCGAACAACAAUUCCAAGACCUGGAAACUUCACUGGACGAUCAACUUUCUCUGGCCAACCGGCUUGAGCUCCACGGCUCGAAAUUACAUAUCCAAUGCUUCUACUUCUUGUACGAUGAUCGGGUCGACCUUCGGCUGCCUGGAAUAUUGAGAGCUUACGCCACGGCCUCCACGCUGAUAGCGACCAUUUUGUCUGACGACACCUCGCAUGAUGUCUUGCCACAUGCACCUCUGAGAUUCACAAGCAUCAUCUUGAAUGCCGCUUUGGUCAUCUUCCGGAUCCUCCACUCCACGUUCGCGAUUGGGCUCGAUUACGGCCAUGGGAAAUUGUUGUUCAACGCCGCGGCCUUUGCAAUGCAGCAGCUGUCGGUUCCGCAGAAAGACCGAGACUUCCCUCUUCGGGGCUCCGACAUGCUCCGAGCAUUCUGGCGUGCGGGAGAGCGGAGUACCACAAUGUGUAGCCAAGACUUGAGACUCCGUGUGAAGUCCCGAAUGGGUGCCAGCCUCGUCUAUGACUGUCUGCUGCUCUUCCGCCAAAAGAACAAGUCCGCCAACUUCUCGCAAGCUUCGACCACGAACGGCAGCCAGCUGGCUCCCCAUAACUUGGGCCUGACAAUGUCACCUUCCGAGAAUGUAUACACGGAUCCAACGCAUGUACCAGAUCCCGCGCCGUCCAUCUCGGGCUCUAUGUUCUCCGGCGAGCUGCUGCAUAUCAGUCCGAACAUAGACAUGGACAAUAUGUUUUGGCUCGAAGAUAUGGGCUAUCCCGGCUUCUUCGACAUGGGCUGAUCUCAGAGGCUCGACGCGUGAAUGACCAAGACUACAACAAGAACAGCGAUAUCGUAAACGAUUAGGCUCGCCCCUGGAUAUAUGUUUCGAGGCAUAAUGCGACCUCAGCGACGGUCUAUCCCGGUCUAGGGUGGGAGGCUGAAAUGUGUUAGCUCUGGACUCCUGAUGGAGU